AUGAAAGUGUACAUAAAAGCCCGAUUUGUGAAUCAUGCUCAUUCUCAGGACAAUCAUCGAUUAUUCAUUUUUGUCUUUGUCUUCCACUUGCCUCUGUUAUAUCCUCGUCAAGAUUAG